AUAAUUGUAAUUCAUAGUUCACUUGCAUUCGUUUAUGUUCAUUUCACUUGUUUUGUUAAGCCAUUCGCCUGUUCCUCUUUAUUGGCAGUGGUAAAAAUAGAUCCAAAUCAUUUUCCUAUUUCUCUUUUUGACUACAAUCAUUUUAUACAAUUUUAUCGACCAAUUAACGUGGAAAUUUUCAAUAAAUUAUCCUUUACCCGCGGAAAGUAAUUCGUUUCCAUUUCAAUUCAAAGAAAAUCGUUGAAAUUUAUCUGAAGAAAAAGAAUGAGACGAAACCUGCAGAAAAAAAAAAAGAUUGUUCGCAGAAUAUAAAGCAAGGAAUAGUUACAAAGAACUAACAAAAAAAUCACUAUUAUCUGUCUGAAUGAAGUUUUGACGGUCGUAAAAACUUCAUAAAUCAAGAGCCAAAAAAAGAAUCCUGAGGAACAUGGUAUAUAAUACAUCCAUCGCAUGUAGUGAGCUAAACAAAACACAUGCGAAAACAAGAUAUGUAAGGGAGAACGAAAAAAAAGCGAACGAAAAAAAAAUGUGUAAACAUAGCAUAAUGCGGCAUUUUCAUAACAACACAGCACACUCAUAUAUAUAUAUAUACAUAUCGGUGUUCAUUCACUUCUGGAAAAUCAGUACUUUGUUAGCUGUUUGUAGCCAUUCACAAAAAUGGGCUACUUUUUAUAUGUGUGUGUGUGUGUGAGAGAGAGUUUUCGUAGUUUUCUCUUGUAUGCAGUGCCGGAAACAUUUUAGUGUCUUCCUGGUAAAAAGCACAAUUUCCAAUGAAUUUUACGUGGAAUAUUGAUAGCAUUUUCAUAGCUGAUUUCGGCUCUUUUUAUCUGCUGAUCAAUCACAUUUAUUGAAUUAACAUUUGACUUGUUUUAAAUUGAGCGCAAUUUACUGAACAAUGUAAACUGAUAUUUUUGAUAUGGUUUCUUUUCUAAAUUAAGUGAACCGAAUCAAAUUAAAUUCGUUCGGGUUUUUUUUUUCUAGGAAAAAAACAAAGAAAUAUUGUCUUUUUCUUUUGAAUUAUUUUCCUCAAGUCCAUUCACUCCUUCGAGUUCAACGAACUUGGUUCGAUUUUUCUUUUUCUCCCAGCAAUGAAUGGCUUUUUUUUUCCUUUGCUAUCCUCGAGUAAGCGAUGUACAAUGAACCACUUACAAGUUCAUUUGAUGUUGAGAAUGAUGUUUUUCUUUUCUUCACCGAGAGUACCCAUGAUUUGCUGAGUUGCAGUUAACUGGCCACAUAGUGAAACAUGCGAUAUACUCUAUCAAAUGAGGCGUCUCCAAUCAAGUGACUAUAAGAUAGAUGCUAAACACAAAAUAAUCAAAAGAUACUGUACGCAAAUCUCGUUACUCUCCAUUUGGCUUGGUUCAAUUCUGUUCGGUCGUAUUUUUUUCUUCUGCCUUUAAUUUUCUUCCAUUGUCGGCGGCGAUGCGCCAUCGGUAUAUUGUGAUUUAAUCACGAAUGAUUGCACUGUCGCGCCGCUCUAUGUUCAUUCCCAUGCAAUUCCAUUUGGGUCCGAAGGUGGUGCGAGUGUAAUCUACCCAUCUGCAUAUUCUCACAUUGUUAUUCAUCAUAAAGAGUCAUUUUGAUGCUUCUUCUGUUUUACAUAAUUUUCAUCUUGAGAAUGUGCUCGUGUCUAAUGAAAAUAUCCAAACCAUAAUUUAAAAGUAUUUCUGCACCAAAUAAGAAUUUAAUAAACUGUCAACGACUCUUUUAUCCAACGGCUCUUAGUUGUCUCCUCCUUCUGCUCCUCUCUCGCUGCCUUGGUUCGGCCCAGCUAGAUAGCAUAAAUCCAUCAUGAAAAAUGUAUCGAUCGACUAGCGACUUAGAAUUAGUCGAUUACAGUGUACUCAUUCAUUCCGUGGCUUUGGAUGAUCAUUGCUAUCCGGCGACACGAGAUGAAUGCUUUGACAAUGAUUAAAUAAAAGAGCUAUUUAAAUAUAACAUUCAUCCAUAUCACAAGAAAAUGCUGUUAAAUUAGAUUAAGUGCGCUGACGUGCACGGCAAGUGUUGAAUGUACACAAAUUUUCGAAAUUAAAAUGCAUAUUAUUGCAAUGAGUGAAUGUCAAAAUAAUAGCUAUUCAGUUGAGAUGCAGUAUGGCUGCUGCCACAAAAUGCUAAAAUAUCAUCUCAUGACUCGGUGCAAUUCGGUGCAAUUUUCGCCACACCGAAAUGAUUUCGUAUGCUGUUCAGGCAUUGGAAAUGCCGAAAACAGUGAGAGAGAAUGGGAACACAUUUCGUUGAAAUCCAUUUUCAUAAAGUUAAGCUGACAUGGUCUUUGGAGCAGCAUGAUACCAUUGUGUUUGCAUUUAUUAGAGGCAGUCUGCCUGUAUGUAAUACGGUGUCUGUGAUUUGCAUUUGAAUCGAAAAUUCCUGAUUUACAAUCGUCCGCACAAUAAGCCUUCGGAGUGAGAGAGAAAAAAAUUACAUGAAAUUCGAAGAUAAUGCUCAAGAUUUUCACUGAGACUGUGUACAUUGAAAGAAGUGGCAAAAAGCGAUGAAUUGAAUGACACUGUGAAAAAUGCAAUAAAAUGCUUUCCUUUUUUGAAUACCUAAGAAAAGGGGUUCAUUGCUAUUGAAAAUGUAAGGACCAUCAACUGGAUAUACUGUACAUAAUAAUGUAUUAGUAUUGGCAUCAGGCGACAUAAAUGGGAACGGUUGAUGUGGUGCAACCACAAAUCAGGAGCAGACAUAAAGUGGUUAGCCAUUGAAUGGGAGAAUUCGACAGAUCAGCAUAUUGAAUUUGGUACUCCAAGAAGAUGCAAUCAAUCAAUACUUGGCGUGUACUUUUCCAUGCAUAUAUGAAGAAGGUUCAUGGACGGCGUCCAUCUCGCUCUGUCUCGUUCCGCUGACAACUGGCGACAAUAAUCUCCUAAUUAUAAGCUAAUGUUGCAUUGAUAUUUCGACGAACUGUGACAGCGAAACCGGCGAAUUGGAACCAUGGAACGUAAAUUGUUGUAUGCCUUUCGAGGAUGGAUUGCCUUCGUCGCGUUUAUGGAUUUGGGCACAGCAUUUCGCAGUUACAUCGAAAAGCGCAGUUUUUUGGGCGAUCCAUCCGAUUCACAAUACAUUGCUGGUGACUACACAAUAUCACGUAUAAUCGGAAUGUACUGCAUUUUAAAAGCGUUUGCCUUAGUUCAUUGUACAUUAUACAUCCAUUACAAGCCCGUUGUGAGUAUGGGAGGUUGUUCAUUAGCACUAACAAUGAUUUUGUACUUGACGGAAGCGUUGUAUUUCCGAUCGAGCACAUUAACAUUCUACGUAAUAUUCCCAUGUGUACUUAAUUCAAUCACAUUGAUUGGCCUUAUUUAUAUUCCAAAGAGAUUGCGUUUAUGGGAUCCACAUAUUGACAAUGGUGACGAAAACUCGCAGUUGUUGAAACAAAUGGGCGGAUUUAAGAAGCGUCGUGUGCCGAAAAAAAUGCCCUAAACUGAAUCGAAUUUGGCAGGCGUUUAGCAAAUGAUAGUGGAACUCUGCCUCCGACCCAUAUACCGAACAUCAUUCAUACACACACACACACACACACGCGUUCACAUACAUACUCAAAAGCCGAGAUCGAGUCCAUCUCUUUACAUGAACUGCUUACAAAUUUCAAAACGUUCUCUUAUAAUGAAUCAAAUUUAACCCAUUUUCAACCGAAUGAUCGAAAAACCAAACAUUUUGUAUGGAUGAAAAAGAACGCACGGUAGCAAAUGGGUUAAGCUUACCAUACACAUACACAUUACUAAAUUAAUUAAAGCCUGUUCAAUUACAAUAUUCCCAUUUCAUCGAUAAACAAACUUUUUACACUUCACCUUCAUACAAAGAAAAAUAAAAUAGAAAAAAUUUGUAACUCGUUAAAUGCUAAAUUUCUUGCAGUGAUACUUGCUCGCCUAAAUCGAACAACAGGUGCAUGAUAAAAAAAAAAGUAGACAGUAGCCAAAUACAAAAGUUUGAAAUGAAACACGGUGCCUACGUUGAAAACUUAGAGGUUCGUGUUUUGGAUUUUGCAUUCAUUAUAAGGUUGAUCAUUUAAAUAAAGCAUAACCGACAGAAAUAAGCACCAAAAUAAAUUCCCAAAAAAAAAAAUCAAUUUUGAUUCACUAAAGAAGACAAAAAAAAAAUUAUUAUAGCUUUCAAAACUAACAUAUGGUCCAGAAAUAUGCACGAGUAUUUAAAUCAAUUUAUCCAAUUAAAAUUUAAAAAAACACACACGACAACAACUAAUCAUUCAGAAAUCCACAAUCGAAACCAUUUUUCACGUACAAAUACCUAAAGCCUUGCCAAUAAUCUAAUAAUAAUCAAGUGCAAUAGUAGACGAAUUUGCACACUCUAGACGUAUGCAUAUU